CUCGCAACCAUGUUCACCGCUCGCGCAAGAACCGCUCUCUCCUCGACCCUCCGCUCGUCCCGCACCCCUCUCGUCAACCGUUCGUUCCACGCUUCUGCUCCCAUCAUGGUCAAGGUCGGCGACUCUAUUCCGGACAUUGAGUUGAUGGAGGACUCUCCGGCAACAAGGUCUCCAUCCCUAAGCUCCUCAAGGGCAAGGGUCUCAUCAUUGGUGUCCCUGCUGCCUUCAUCCCACAUUCCCGGUUACAUCAACUACCAGAACCUCAAGGAUGCUGGUGAUGUCUUCGUCGUUUCCGUCAACGACCCCUUCGUCAUGAAGGCAUGGGCUCACGAUCUUGACGCUGACAAGAAGAGCGGCAUUCGCUUCCUUGCCGACCCUGACUGCAAGUUCACCAAGGCUCUCGACCUCGACUUCGAUGCCACUCCCGUCCUCGGCAACCACCGCAGCAAGCGCUACGCCCUGGUCAUUGAGGACGGCAAGGUCAAGGAGGCCCACGUCGAGCCCGACAACACCGGCAUGAGUGUUUCGGUCGUCGACAAGGUCCUCGGUUAG